CGAGUAUGCAUCGAAUAAAAGCCUUGAUUUUUGUCUACGUGACCCCAACCUCAAGUGGAUUCAACGUCUCAAGAUAUGCCUUGGGGCUGCUUGUGGCUUGGAGUACCUUCAUGAUCACAAAGAUACCCAACAAAGAGUCCUCCACCGUGAUAUUAAGAGUGCCAACAUUUUAUUAGACGAAAACUGGAAUGCUAAAAUUGCAGAUUUUGGUCUAUCCAAAUAUGGCCCUGCUAACCAACAACACACGUUUAUUUUCUCGGAUGCCAAAGGUACUAUUGGCUAUUGUGACCCCAUGUAUGUAGAGACAGGGUUAUUAACAAAGGAAUCGGACGUCUACUCUUUCGGGGUUGUACUAUUUGAAGUUUUAUGCUCAAGACAUUGUGUUGAUUUAAGAUAUAAGGAUGAGCGCCGAAUUCUACCAAUGUUGGUAAAGAAGUGUCAAAAACAACAAACACUACAUACAAUUAUCGAUGUUAGGCUAAGGCAACAAUUCGAUCAACAUUCUUUUGAUAUGUUCGUAUCACUUGCAUAUCAAUGUUUGGAAAGAGAUCGGACUCAUCGUCCGUUAAUGCCUUCGGUCGUGAGCAAGCUUAAAACUGCACUCCAAUAUCAAGAGGCAUUCGAGGUUAAAGCUCAAGAAGCAAAGAGGAAAAUCAUAUUUUUACAGAACAACGUAGACCAAUUAUAUCAAGAACCAGAAGCGUCAUUAAAAAAUGUCGUUGUUAAUCCCCUUCUGGAUUAUGAGAAAAUCUGUCCACCCGGGGGGAGCAAUUUGAUAAUUCUGUACACAACCACGGUCAAAACCAUCCCAAAGACAUUCCAAGAUUGCUCGAGUCUUCGACUUAUUCUCAAUGGUUUUAAGGUUUUAUACCAAGAAAGAGAUGUAUCGAUGCACGUGGAUUUCAGAGAUGAACUAUGGCGGAUUAUGGGCAAGAAAGUGGCACUGCCAAGGCUGUUUAUCAAAGGCAGUUACAUCGGAGGAGCCGAUGAGGUUUUACAUUUGCAUGAGCAAGGGAAAUUCCGGCCCCUCCUCGCUGGAAUACCAAUAAAAAAAUUGGAAGGGCCAUGCAAAGGAUGUGCUGGGAAUUUGUUUCUGGUGUGUCCUAAUUGUAGCGGUAGCAAGAAAGUGAAUUCUGGUGGCAGAGGGUUGCCAAAGAGCUGCAUGAACUGUAACGAGAAUGGGCUGAUCAAAUGCCCUAUUUGCUUCUGAAAUUUCUGUUCAUUAACAAAUGACAAAAUGUGAUUUCAAUAUUUUUAUCGUCAUUCAUCUGCCCUUUUGAUUUGGUUGUGUUUUGUUGAUUCGUUUCUAAAAAAUAAAUGAUUCACAAUUCUGUGGAUUUUAGAUAAAAUUAUUAUAUUAUCUUUUUUGUAGUACAUGAUAUAAGCCAUUUUUCAUAUUUAGUGUAUAUUGGCAUUGGCAUAUAUGUUGAGUAGAAUUAAGAUUGUAUAACUAUGAGAUCAUGGUAUAUAAU